CGCUAAAACCGGACACAAAGCAUUUCCAGUGUAUCGCGCCGUUUUGUUCCGAUCGUGUGUUUGUUGUUCGAUAAUAAUUGUUGUUUCAGUUUUAAUCUAUGCAUUUAGUUAGAAAACAAAGCUUAAAAGUGAAAUUUUACUACCGGUCGUCAGUUUGGAAUCGCGAUCAUGAAUAAACCAAGUUACCAUCCUAACUACUAUUCCAUUGACGAUGUAAUGGCAACGCAGGAGCGAAUUCCCUGUCGCGCCCAUCACGAGCUCUUUCAAAUGGGAUUCCUGGACUCAUCUUGUGAAAAAAACGGCAACCUUUUGCCCAAUCAGCAGCUGGAGGUUCCUCUUUGGUAUUUGCUGCAAGAUGAAGAGCGAACUCGAUACUUUUCGUUGAUUGUCCCAGACAUUUUCACAGCGGCCUAUAAGGAAAUCUACAAAGCGGAUGCCAGCUAUGUCGAGUUGGGUAAGCUGAACAAAUUCUACUACGAAUUGGGUAUGUAUCUGUGCAAGUUUGAUAACGGAGACGACCUUGCCGAGAUGCUUUUCAACACGGCCCAGGAACGUGUCAAGGGGAUCAAGGAUAUGUGCAACAAUGUCAGCAGCGAAAACUUGAUGGACAACAAGAAGCUGGACCAUUUGGAACGGAUGCUGUACGAAGAAGGCAGCCGAACGCACAGAAUGUUCUCCGAUUGGCUCCAGGAGAAGUCGGUAAACAUAAAAUCCACUGAACUGGUCACGAACCACCGGAAACGGAAACGAGACGCAUUGGAAGGGGAUGAAGGCGGGUCACAGUCAUCGCAACGGAUGUCCACGUAAGUUAAUUUCAAAUAAAUUCAGUUUUCACGAUAGCUUUUAUUCAAUAAAUUUGACCAAUUUGAUGUUCUAACGCCA